AUGGUGGCAGAACCAGAGAUUUUGUCCCCGCAAAGCGUUUCCGUUCAGUACUUUAGCGCCAAAAAGUCGACCGAUAUUGAAGCCGAAUUCUUCGAUGUCUCAUCGGCGGCGGUAGCGGCGGCUCCUACUGGUAUUACUACUACGCCGCAUAAAUCUCAGAUCUUCGUCGCCUCCGAAUCGGAGAUUUCAAUCGAAAUCUGUCGUUCUGAAUCGGCUCGUAGCUGCUCAACGAGUGGCCAGAUUACCACUGUUUUCGAGAGUCCGAGUAGCAAAUUUGUUCCGAGCAUUUGCUCAGGUUCUCUGUACAAGUGGUCUCAACCAAGUGCCUUCUAUGCUGUUUUUGACGGCCAUGGAGGCUCAGAUGCGGCAGCUUAUGUCAAAAAUAAUGCCAUGAAAUUCUUUUUUGAGGAUGCCAGUUUGCCUCAAACUUCUGAUAAUGACGAAAAAUUCUUGCAAGAUUUGGAGAGAGCUCAACGCAAUGCAUUUUCAUUGAUUGAUCUUGCCUUGGCUGAUGAACAAAAUGGUGUUGAUUCGUACUGUGGAACAACAGCAAUUACCGCCUUGGUCCUUGGAAGGCAUUUACUUAUUGCAAAUGUGGGUGACUGCCGUGCUGUCCUCUGCAGAAAAGGAGUUGCAGUUCAGUUAUCUCAAGAUCACAGACCCUCGUGUCAGCUGGAACGGCAAAGGGUUGAGAAUUUAGGUGGUAUCAUUGAGUAUGAGUUCCUAAACGGUGAACUUGCUGUUACUCGAGCACUCGGAGACUGGUACAUGAAACUCCCAUUAGGUUCAGCUUCUCCUCUAACUGCAGAGCCAGAUAUUCAACGGACUUUGUUGUCCGAGGAUGAUGAGUUCUUGAUAAUCGGUUGUGAUGGGAUCUGGGAUGUGAUGUCGAACCAGGAAGCAGUUAGCCUAGUUCGCCGUGAGCUUAGGCAUACUCAUAACCCCCACCAGUGUGCACGAGAACUUGUGAAUCAAGCAUUAAGGCAAGAUACAGGUGACAACCUCACAGCCAUUGUUGUUUGCUUCUCUUCCCUAGAGCGACAAAAUUCUGUUGUUUCUCAGAGACCAAGAUUGAGAUUUUGCCUGUCCAAGGAAGCAAGAAAGAAGUUGCAGAGCCUAUUAGGAGGCAAUUAA